AUGUCUCCUGCGCUAAACGCAAGAUCGCAGCACGAGGCGCAUCAUUUCGCCAUUCGGGCCUUCGCACCCCCCGUGACGGGCGCCGCGCAGGCCGGGACGCAACAGGUUCGUGGCCAGCUUUUCAUUGCAAUGUCCGCUGCGUCCGUCCACGGAAAAAUCGGCAGCUCAGUGCCGCUAGCGUUUUGGAGCAGUGAUGUUUUUUCUCGCGCAGGUGCCGCGGUGGGCUUUCAGGGUGUAGCCGCCGCUACAGCAGAGGGCGAGGCAUUGCAGCACCAGUGGUAG